GGAGUGACGCGGUUUGCGUCUAGAGCGGCUCCUUGGAGUCCACAGCAUCCACCGCCGGAGCCUCGCCUUCCUUUCUCCGUCUGCAGACAUAACGAGACACAAAAAGAGGCAACCCCUGGACCAGCGCGAGGGACCUACUCCCAUCAUGACCGAGACCACAAAGACCCACGUUAUCCUGCUGGCCUGCGGCAGCUUCAAUCCCAUCACUAAAGGGCACAUUCAGAUGUUCGAAAGAGCCAGGGAUUAUCUGCACAAGACCGGAAGAUUCAUUGUGAUUGGUGGGAUUGUCUCUCCUGUCCAUGACUCCUAUGGAAAACAGGGCCUAGUGUCAAGCCGGCACCGUCUCAUCAUGUGUCAGCUGGCUGUCCAGAAUUCCGACUGGAUCAGAGUGGACCCAUGGGAGUGCUACCAAGACACCUGGCAGACCACCUGCAGCGUGUUGGAACACCAUCGAGACCUCAUGAAGAGGGUGACGGGCUGCAUCCUCUCUAAUGUCAACACGCCUUCCAUGACGCCCGUGAUUGGACAGCCACAGCACGAGAACACGCAGCCCAUCUACCAGAACAGCAACGUGACCACCAAGCCCACCGCAGCCAAGAUCUUGGGAAAGGUGGGAGAAAGCCUCACCAGGAUCUGCUGUGUCCGCCCUCCCGUGGAGCGCUUCACCUUUGUAGAUGAGAAUGCCAACCUGGGCACAGUGAUGCGGUAUGAAGAGAUUGAGCUGCGGAUCUUGCUGCUGUGUGGUAGUGACCUGCUGGAGUCCUUCUGCAUCCCAGGACUCUGGAAUGAGGCAGAUAUGGAGGUGAUUGUUGGGGACUUUGGGAUCGUGGUGGUGCCCCGGGAUGCAGCUGACACAGACCGAAUCAUGAAUCACUCCUCAAUACUCCGCAAAUACAAAAACAACAUCAUGGUGGUGAAGGAUGACAUCAACCAUCCCAUGUCUGUAGUCAGCUCCACCAAGAGCAGGCUGGCCCUGCAGCAUGGGGACGGCCAUGUCGUGGAUUACCUGUCCCAGCCAGUCAUCGACUACAUCCUCAAGAGCCAGCUGUACAUCAACACCUCGGGCUAGCGACACCCAGCUCUCUCCUUUCCCCUUGUCUUGUGCCGACACACCGGCCCCUCCAGCCACUGUCAGACCCCAUUUUCUCUCUGCCUCUGUUUCUCUGUCUUCAUCUUGACUGUUCUCCCCACUGGCUGACUUGACCCCCACAGUGUGGGGGGCCUGCGAAGAACCGUUGAUUUCCCAUUC